AUGGAUGGCGUGAAGACAAACCUGGUCUGGGGUGUUAUCUUUGUGCUGAUGGUUUCAGUUUCGCCUGGAUUAUUCUCACCAACCAUAUGGCCUGGGGAGGAUGACCUCAAACUGGAGCCCAACUCCCUCAUCAACAUCAGCUGCACAGGGGAAUCAGAAGUAGUUUGGGAAGAACCACUGCCUGAUGAUGCCAUAGUUAUUUCAGAUGGUUUCACCUCGACUCUCCUAAUUUACAACGCAUCCAUUAAGCACACUCGCUAUUACGACUGCAGACAUAAAAACAAGGAGGACCAGCUGAGCGAUAUACAGGGAAUCUAUAUCUUUGUCAAAGAUCCCGACCUUCUAUUUGUCCCAGAGGAACCAGAAAACCUGGUUGUUCCCUAUGAGCAAGAGGUGGUCAUCCCGUGCCGUGUGACAGAGCUGAACCAUGCCGUGGAGCUGUUCAGAGUCCCCGCCAGAGAGAAGCUCCACAGGUUAUACGACCCCAAGAUGGGCUUCAUGGGAGCGCUCUCUCCUGGCCAGUAUAUAUGCGAGGCCUCAUUUAAUGGCAAGACUUUUCUAAGUGACAUCUACACCGUAAAAAGUUCAGAACCCGAGGAGAACGACUUUGAGGUGGACGUCGUAGCAAGUGAAGAGAAGAUGAGAGUCGGGCAGCCCUUGAACAUCUCCUGCAUCAGACCCCUUGGGCAAUCAUAUCACCAGCAGUGGAUCUAUCUGAAAAAACAGGCUGUAAAUGCGAUUGAGACGAAGCAAAGUCUUCCCGACAGGGUCAUCCACACUCUUCAAAUUCCACAAGCCACCGCUCAGGACAGCGGCCGCUACGAGUGCUCGGUCACGCACGAGGCCAGUGGAAAGACCAGAGCGAGCAGCGUGGCUGUAACUGUGUUUGACGAAAACUCCUUUGUCACCCUGGACCAUAGAGGGAUUCUGCAGACAGAGUUUGUCAGCAUUUUACAGGAGACGCAGUUCACCAUUUAUAUUAAUGCAUACCCGGCGCCUAAAGUGUCAUGGAUGAAAGACGGCCAAGCGCUAUCGGAGAACUACUACAUUUCCACCAAAACUAGCCACAUAGGAGGAAAUCGGUAUCAGAGCACUGUGACAUUCCUGCAGCCUAUGGAGAAAGACAGUGGAACCUACACGAUCACAGCAAUAAGUGGCUCUCACACUGCUCACUUCUCAUUUCUCCUCCAAAUGACAGGUUUCGGACUUAAUACCAACCCAUCCUCCGUCCCCAUUCUGCUGCCAGACCAGGAUGAGAUGGUUGUCACUCUUCACACUCCUUUUACUCUGACAUGUCGUGGAGAUGCCAAACUGCUGUGGGAGACACCGUACCCCCUUGCGGAGCAGUCGCAGGAGGACCACAGUGGCCUUUUUGUCACCUCCAUCACUGUGGAUAAAGCGACAGUAAUGCACACUGGUUACUACACUUGCUACUAUAGUGGCAUCCUCAAUGAGGAAAAGUCAAGCAGCAUUUACAUCUAUGUACCAGAUCCAUCCACUCCCUACGUUCCAUCUUUUGAGAACCAUCUGCUGGCUGACACAAAUGAGAAUGAGAUUCCCUGUAGGGUGUCUGAUCCCGAGGCUAAAGUGACACUGGUGAAUGUUGACACGAACCAAACUGUACCCAGUGACUAUGACAGUAAAAGGGGUGCUUUGGGAAUAUUUCCUACCGGAACUUAUGUCUGCAAGGCCAUCAUAAAUGGAGAGGAGUACAUCAGUGAGCAAUACAUCGUCCAUGAUUCAAUAGAGAUCUUACAAGUUGAGCUGUCUGCCAAAAGAACUGCUCUGCUGGUUGGUGACACAAUAACUGUCAAAUGCCUUGCUCAAGGACCUUACCUAUUGGAAGACAACUGGAAAUACCCUGGCAAACCGGCUAAUCGAGGUACAAAAACUGUACUGGAAAAUACGAAAGAAAGAAAGAUCCUCUAUACCCUGACGAUCCCACAAGCCUCAACCAAAGACAGCGGCAUCUACUCAUGCUCCAUUACUGCGGUAGCAUCUAGAGACACCCAGACAAAGGAAAUAGCUAUUCAAGUGUUUGCGGGAGAGUUUUUGUCCAUCAAGCCAGAGUUUAAGGACCAUGAAUCUGCGGAACUGGAUGAGGUCCGGCAGUUCAGUGCUACAAUUUCUUCCUUUCCUGAUGCCCAUGUUACUUGGCUCAAGGAUGGCGUCCCACUCACUGAUCCAACCGCUGAGAUCAUCACUACUCUGGACCAAAUCAGUGAGACCAGCUACAUAAGUAAACUCACCCUGAUCCGGGUCAGGGAGGAGGACAGUGGGAACUAUACCAUGCGAGUGGAGAAUGGAAACCAAAGCCAUGAAGUCAGCUUAAACCUGGUGGUGAAAGUGCCUGCAGUCAUUUUGGACCUCAUGGACCUCCAUCACGGUUCAGCCACAGGACAGUCUGCAGUGUGCAUCACCAGGGGGCAGCCCACUCCUGUUGUGGAGUGGUUUGUAUGCAAAAACAUCAAACGAUGUACCAAUGACACGUCUUCUUGGGCACCUCUACCAACCAACUCCACAGAAAUCACAAUGGAAUCCCACUUUGAUGACGAGAGCAACCUGGAGAGCCAAGUCAUGUUUGGUCAUCUGGAAAGUACUCUGGCAGUGCGAUGCCUUGUCAAGAAUGAAAUCGGUGCUGAUAGCAGGGAGAUCAAAUUGGUAUCCAAUGGCCCUCACCCUGAGCUGACGGUAGCUGCUGCUGUGCUGGUGCUCCUGGUCAUUGUCAUCAUCUCACUCAUUGUCUUGGUUGUUAUCUGGAAGCAGAAGCCACGGUAUGAGAUCCGCUGGAGGGUGAUAGAGUCUGUGAGUCCAGACGGCCAUGAGUACAUCUAUGUGGAUCCCAUGCAGCUUCCCUACGACUCUAGAUGGGAGUUUCCCCGAGACAGACUUGUGCUUGGUCGGAUCCUGGGUUCUGGAGCUUUUGGGAAGGUGGUUGAGGGCACCGCCUAUGGACUCAGCCGCUCUCAGCCCGUUAUGAAGGUGGCAGUGAAAAUGCUGAAACCUACGGCUCGUUCCAGUGAGAAGCAGGCUCUGAUGUCUGAACUGAAGAUCAUGACUCACCUCGGACCCCAUCUCAACAUUGUAAACCUGCUGGGAGCAUGCACCAAGUCAGGCCCUAUCUACAUUAUCACUGAGUACUGCUUCCAUGGCGACCUGGUCAACUAUCUGCAUAAGAACAGAGAGAGCUUCCUCAGCCUGAGUCCAGAGAAAAACAAGAAGGAGCUGGACAUCUUUGGGAUCAACCCUGCAGACGAGAACAGCAGGAGUUAUGUGAUCCUGUCCUUUGAGAGUAAAGGCGACUACAUGGAUAUGAAGCAGGCGGACAGCACUCAGUAUGUACCCAUGCUGGAAAUGAGCACCACCUCCAAGUACUCUGACAUCCAGGGCUCUAACUACGACCACCCUCCGUCUCAGAAAGACUCGGGCGAAUCCGAUAUGGACAACCUGCUGUCAGAUGAUGUGAGUGAAGGCCUCACCACCACCGACCUGCUGAGCUUUACUUACCAGGUGGCCAAAGGAAUGGAGUUUCUCGCUUCCAAAAACUGCGUGCAUCGGGACCUCGCAGCCAGGAACGUCCUUCUCUCUCAGGGCAAAAUUGUUAAGAUCUGCGACUUUGGGCUGGCCAGAGACAUCAUGCAUGACAACAACUACGUCUCCAAAGGGAGCACCUUUUUGCCGGUGAAGUGGAUGGCACCAGAAAGCAUUUUUGACAACCUCUACACCAGUCUUAGUGAUGUUUGGUCAUACGGCAUUCUCCUCUGGGAGAUCUUCACCCUCGGAGGCACACCGUACCCUGGGAUGGUGGUGGACUCUAGCUUCUACAACAAGAUCAAGAGCGGAUACAGGAUGUCAAAACCUGAGCACGCUCCACAAGAUGUGUAUGAGAUGAUGAUGAAGUGCUGGAACAGUGAGCCAGAGAAGAGGCCGUCCUUCAUGGGCCUGAGUGAAACUAUGGCGUCUUUGCUGCCCUCGAGCUACAAGAGGCACUAUGAAAAGGUGAACCGCGAGUUUCUGAAGAGCGACCACCCGGCCGUUACCCGAGUAUGCAUGGAGUCUGACGCAGACUACGUCGACAUUCCAUACAAGAACCAGGGCAAGCUAAAGGACAGGGAAAGCGGCUUCGACGAGCAGCGGCUGAGCUCAGACAGCGGCUACAUUAUCCCACUCCCUGACCUGGACCCUACAUCUGAUGAUGAGUAUGGAAAGAGGAACAGACACGGCUCUCAAACAUCGGAGGAGAGCGCCAUCGAGACUGGCUCAAGCAGCUCCACUUAUGCGAAACGUGAGGGGGAGACGCUGGAGGACAUCACGCUGCUGGACGAGAUGUGUCUGGACUGUAGUGACCUGGUGGAGGACAGCUUUCUGUGACAGCUGCCCAGCCUCAGCAGGAAUGGCACAGGGCAGAGAGCAUGGGACACUAGAGUGAGACCUGUAAAUCAGCCAAAGACUCUGGCCAUGCCACUCCUUCUGCAAGGACAGAACAAAAACCACUUCCCAGUCUCGGUGAGUCCAAGACCAAGGUACGCCCUUCACGUCUCCCUGGACAAAGACCCUUUUUCGGGUCGGAGAUGUGGACGAGCAUUAAUGAAAACGAGACUGAAGGAAAGGAUUCCAAAAGGGAGCGAGCCUUUGUGUUGGACCUAUCCAGAUCAAACAGAUUCGAAAACACACCUUCAAUUUGAAAAGCUUUAUUGUGUCGGGCAUUCUUUUACCUGCAGUCUGCAUAAGCAAGAGAGAACAAGUCAAACACGUCGGUCAGAAACUCCACACGUCUCCUGCACCAUACCACUACAAAUGCACUAUUAUUACUAUAUGAUUCCAAUACCAGGAACUGUAUUACGAGGAAGUAGGACCUGUUAUAAUGGAAGCACCUGAUGCUGGCACAAUCAGUAGCAAUACUUUGACUCUAAGCACAACAUUUGGACUGAGUGCGUCUUUUUCUCUGUGACUAUAUAAUGUUCUCAAGUAGCUGAGUACGUGCAGUAGUUCAAAUUUAUUUUUUUACGUCAUCGAUAUAAGAACAUGUAUUAUUGUGAAACCAAUUGUUAGUAACAGAUCAUAGCUGUCUGAGUGGGUGUGAGAAGAGCUUCGGAGUUGCAUUAGUCUUCGUGUUGCGUCUCCAAUUUUACCCCAAACGAUUAAAGAUCCUCAGCUUUAUUCCAGACCUAGCUCAUAUUUGACAUGUGGGCCUUUUCCAUAUGAAGUAUGAUUGUAAUGUAAAUAGCUCCAGAGUUGUUUUAUAAGAGGGUUUACUAGGGUAAAACUCAAGUAUUAUAUGUGAGUACAAAAUAAGCUUCCGCAUCCGUAUCUACUCCUGGGACGACACUGCUUUUUAGAAAUACGUCUGUUACGGUGAAGGUCCAAAGAACAACAUGGGAACGUGAAAAUUUACUUUUUUUUGGAUUAGAACAAGGCAUGGGCCGGUUUGAGAUUCAUGGUAUGGGCCAGUUAGAAACAUUACGAAAUGGAUAAGAUGAUCUAAUUGGAUUUUUUUUAAAAACAGAAAGGCAACAACUCUUCAUACUGCCGCUAAAAAUGUUACAACAUAUUGGUAAUUUCAGUUAUGAUGAUUUAAUUUACCACAUGUAUAUGUGGUCAUUUUGAUACAUAGACAUUUGCAAAAAUAUGAUGCUAAAUUUUGUAAUAAUACAUAAGAGCUUGUUGCACAGAACAGCUGUUUUCGUUGUUCUUGCAUUUUGCUCUUUUUAGGCUAUGUUUAAAAAGAGUGAUGGAUGGAACUACUUUUUUUGAAAAAGCAUUUUUUAUUUAUUUAUUUUGUCUUUUUUUGUGAGUUGGAGAAAAUGUAUUAGCCUUUCUUCUGCUUGAUGACCGGCAGUGGGCAGCGGUGGGUUGGGUAGGAGCAGUGAAGCAUUAAUCAAUGCACCAUACGGCUGAGGGACAUUUUGAUCAAAUCAGUUGCUCCUACCAACUGGAAGGACUCUUUAAGUUGUAGGAAUUGUAUGAUGGGACGGUUUAGCCUUGAUAUGGGCAACCAGCCCAUGCCUUGUUUCAACAUGGCUAGGAAAAAAACAAAGUUUGUUUGUGUGGAUGGAGUGAAGUAUCAGUGGAAGACCUAGCACCUACAUCCGUGGGAGCUAUAAAAUAAAAUGGAUCAAAGUCAAAGGAGCAUCUGAACGACCGUAUAUAACGACCAAAGACCUUUCAUCAUGUUUCAUGUUGUGUUUCACUUGUCUCAUCAUUUAGAUCUCCAGCAGCUUCUGGCCAUAAUGGGGCAUUACUAUUGAAUUCAUUACUAUUUUCACGCGGAUGUACUGUGGUCCACCUGUAACGUAUUAAACCCAAGUGUUGCCCCACUGUCGUCUUCUCGCUUUAGCAGCAGUGCCCCCGCCUCCUCUUACUGACUGUGAUAUUAACUACAAUCAUUGUUGCACUUUGCUUUUUUUUUCUCCCAUUUGUCUUACGUGUUUGCAGAUGAAUAUCCGGGUGGAGCCUAAAAUACUGUAUUCUUCCUUGUCCUCAGAUGUAUAAAGCAGUGUGGAUGUGAGUGGUUAUGAGUGAUGUGUUGAUGAUGGUACUCUAUCUGUAGUCAAAGAUAAUCACACCCAAUACGAUGUUUUAGUACUAUGUUUCAUUAUUUGACAUCAUGUACAUUCAGAUGAUUUAUAUUUCAAUAAAUGAUUUAUAAUGUAAACAUUUA